AUGCAGUGCAUCGACUUUUUAAAAGAUAUGCGAGCGCAGAUUAAAGAAGAUAUGCAACGAGACAAUCAACAUUAUUACAACUCAUUAAAGCUCCAAUUAAUAGUUCCUCCAUCCCUCAUUCAACAAAUAGAAAAGCGGACACAACUCACCCUUUUCGAAUCAUCGCCCGCAGUCUACGAUAUUUUUGACAACAAAAACAUGUUCGUCAAAGACUUUUGCAAGAAGAUAAAUCGACACAAAUUCGUUCUCAUUCAAUGUUCUGAAAACUGGGCUUUUGUCGACACCGGCCUUCUUAAAUCAACAAACAUCCUCGACGUCUUUGUGUUUUUCAAGCAAAUCGACAUCACCAAAAAUUUUAAGCUUUCAAUCUCUUCUAUUAAGUCAAGUUCAACAGCAAUCACCUUCGAGUCCGUCUCACUCGACCCACGAAGAGUUUUUGUCAUUUAA